CGAGAACAUGUUUUGUUCAAAUGAGAGACAGAGGGCUCUUAUAUGUCCACUUCCCACUUCCCACUCCCGUGUCUAUUUGCCUCACUCAGUUAGUGAGACCGAUUCCGCCGAGUGGAUCAGCGAUGGUGUGCUUUGAUCCGAAAUCACGUCUACGAUAACAACGAUAUCGGAGAUUUAAAUAGAUAAUCAAAUUAAAUCUUUCACAAUCAUUCCCUCAAGUGAAGCGCGUCAAGAUGACCGGAAUCAACGCGACAGAGACAACUCCUCUUCUGCCCGAGAUACCCGAGGUCUCGGAUGUCGAGAGAAACAGUACCGACGAGCCGAAAACGUUCAGCCAUGCAUUUAUCGCGAGAGUAGUUCUCGCGUUGCUAAUCGGCAUCUUCACAUCCAACGCCGAUGGCUCAUUGGUACUGGCAACUCAUCCUGUAAUUGCAUCCGAGUUUGGCAAGCUUCAAGAUUCAAGUUGGCUGUUCAUCAGCUUCAUGUUGGCCAGCGCGGCAUCGCAGACGAUUUACGGAAAACUGAGUGAUAUCUUUGGACGCAAGACGGUAUUGAUCUUCUGUUAUGGACUGUUUGCUAUUGGAUGUGCCCUCGUAGGCGCCGGCCAGUCAAUGUGGCAAGUCAUCUUAGGCCGUGUCAUCUCUGGCUCUGGAGGUGCAGGAAUGACUACAAUGGCGUCAGUAAUCAUCACUGAACUCGCACCUCUUCGAGAAGUCGCCUCAUGGCAAAGCUACAUGAAUGUAAUCGCCACCGUCGGUCGUAGCAUCGGUGGUCCGCUUGGAGGCUUUCUCGCUGAUACAAUCGGCUGGAGAUGGUCAUUCCUUGGACAAUCGCCAAUCUUCGCUGUGUCCAUGAUCAUCGCCGCCAUCCUUCUCCCCUCUACAACACAAACCGAGGAUGCAACACUCGAGCGCAUCAAGAGGAUCGACGCCCUUGGAGCUCUGCUAUUGGGUGGUUCUGUUCUCGCUUUCAUGGUUCCUCUCGAAAUUGGUGGCCAGAAGAUUCCAUGGAGUCAUCCCCUCGUCCCAACUCUUGCUGCUGCUGGUGUGAUUCUUUCAGUUGCUUUCGUACUCGUCGAAUCACGCUGGGCUAAGGAACCGAUAUUUCCUCUGCGUCUACUCAGAAGUGGCGAUGUUACAAAGACGUAUCUCACUGCGUUUGGUCAAGCAGCUGCACAGCUUGGAAUGAUGUAUACCGUCCCCAUUUACUUCCAGGUUACCCAGCGUGUCUCUAGCACUGUCGCAGGCGCUCAUUUGUUCCCCGCUGUCAUUGGAAAUACAGUUGGAGGAAUAGCAACCGGUUUAAUAAUCAAGAGAACAGGCCGGUACAGAGCGCUCAUCAUCUUCUCUGCUGUUUCAUCCAUCACAAGUUACACUCUGAUGCUGCUACGGUGGCAUGGUCAGACUAAUUGGCUGGAGUCACUCUACGUGUUCCCAGGGGGCCUGGGAAUGGGUAUCGCCCAAAGUGCAGCCUUCAUCGCUCUCCAAGCUUCCAUCGACCCCAAAGACAAGGCGGCAGCUUCUUCGGGCAUCUUCCUCUCCGUGACUCUAGGUUCAGUUGUUGGCAUGGCUGGUACAAGUGCAGCCAUUCAGGGCCUCCUCAGACAUGACAUCCAGCAGAACCUCAGCGAUCUCGGAAAGUCUCAACAUGUGAUCGACGAGGUCAUUCGAAAAGCUGCAGAGAGUGUCUCCUACAUCGAUGAAGCUUCCGAGCCUAUCAGAAAGGUACUGAUCGAAGGUUAUAUCAAGGGUAUUGAGUAUGGUCACGGACUCUCUAUACUCUUCUCCGGGAUAACACUCAUCACUGCCAUACUCCUCAAGGAGCGUAAACUUUGAUGAGAGUUUGUGAUCGCCCCUAGAGCAGCACGUGGCAGGCAAGGCGCGAAACGGCUUAACUGUAAUUAUGAGAUGAAAGAUGAUGGCUUUCAUUGGUGCACGGAAGUGAAAGGAUGAAAAGAGUUUCGUAUCCAGUUGUCAAACCUUACAAGCUUCUCACGAGGGGAUGAAUUCCACUGUAC